AUGGCAGUUCCGCAGCAGCCUCUCACCUUUAACGAUGUCUUCGAGGAUGAGGAUGUUGACGAGCCCAAGGCCGCCAACUCGGUUCACCACAUCCGAGCCAACUCGAGCAUCAUGCAGCUGAAGAAGAUUCUGGUUGCCAACCGUGGUGAAAUCCAGGCCGACGAGGCCUACGUUAUCGGAAAGCGUGGCCAGUAUACCCCUGUCGGAGCCUAUCUGGCCGGAGACGAGAUUAUCAAGAUCGCUGUUGAGCACGGUGCUCAAUUGAUCCACCCUGGGUACGGUUUCUUGUCAGAAAAUGCUGAAUUUGCCCGAAACGUCGAGAAGGCUGGCCUCAUUUUUGUCGGCCCCCAACCCGAUGUCAUUGAUGCGCUUGGCGACAAGGUCUCGGCCCGCAAGCUCGCCAUCGCCGCUGAUGUCCCUGUUGUUCCUGGCACCGAAGGUGCUGUUGCCAAGUACGAGGAGGUCAAGGCCUUCACUGACAGCUAUGGCUUCCCCAUCAUCAUCAAGGCUGCCUAUGGUGGCGGUGGCCGGGGUAUGCGAGUCGUCCGCGACCCCGAGUCCCUAAAGGAGAGCUUCGAGCGUGCCACCUCCGAGGCCAAGUCCGCCUUUGGAAACGGAACCGUCUUUGUCGAGCGAUUCCUCGACAAGCCCAAGCACAUUGAGGUCCAGCUGCUUGGUGAUAACCAUGGCAACAUUGUUCACUUGUACGAGCGUGACUGCUCUGUCCAGCGAAGACACCAAAAGGUUGUCGAGAUUGCCCCUGCCAAGGAUCUUCCCGCUGAGACCCGCGAUGCCAUCCUGGCCGAUGCUGUCAAGCUGGCCAAGUCUGUCAACUACCGCAAUGCAGGCACUGCGGAGUUCUUGGUCGACCAGCAGAACCGAUACUACUUUAUUGAGAUCAACCCCCGUAUCCAGGUCGAGCACACCAUCACUGAAGAAAUUACUGGCAUCGAUAUCGUCGCCGCCCAGAUCCAGAUUGCCGCUGGUGCUACCCUUUCCCAGCUCGGACUGACCCAAGACCGCAUCUCUACCCGUGGUUUUGCCAUCCAGUGCCGUAUCACCACCGAAGACCCCGCUGAACAGUUCCGCCCAGAUACUGGCAAGAUCGAGGUCUACCGAUCUGCCGGUGGUAAUGGUGUCCGUCUUGACGGUGGCAACGGAUUUGCUGGCGCCGUCAUUACUCCUUACUACGACUCCAUGUUGGUCAAGUGCACAUGCCACGGCUCAACAUACGAAAUCGCCCGCAGAAAAGUCCUCCGUGCCUUGAUAGAGUUCCGUGUCCGUGGUGUCAAGACCAACAUCCCCUUCCUGGCCUCCCUACUUACCCACCCCGUCUUCAUUGACGGCAACUGCUGGACUACCUUUAUUGAUGAUACCCCCGAGCUGUUUGAUCUCGUUGGAAGCCAGAACCGUGCCCAGAAGCUGUUGGCCUAUCUUGGCGACGUGGCCGUCAACGGCAGCUCCAUCAAGGGACAAAUUGGCGAGCCUAAGCUCAGGACCGAGAUCAUUCUCCCUGAGCUCAUCGCAUCCGAUGGCCAGAAGGUUGAUGUCAGUCAGCCCUGCCAGAAGGGAUGGAGGAACAUUCUUGUUGAGCAGGGCCCUAAGGCCUUUGCCAAGGCUGUUCGGGAAUACAAGGGCUGCCUGCUCAUGGACACCACCUGGAGAGAUGCCCACCAGUCUCUGCUUGCCACUCGUGUCCGAACCGUGGACCUGUUGAACAUUGCCAAAGAGACCAGCCACGCCAUGUCUAACCUCUACAGUUUGGAAUGCUGGGGUGGUGCUACCUUUGAUGUUGCCAUGCGAUUCCUCUAUGAGGACCCUUGGGACCGUCUCCGCAAGAUGCGAAAGCUUGUUCCUAAUAUCCCGUUCCAGAUGCUUCUGCGUGGUGCCAAUGGUGUUGCCUACUCCUCUCUGCCAGACAAUGCUAUUGAUCAUUUUGUCGAGCAGGCCAAGAAGAACGGUGUUGAUAUCUUCCGUGUCUUUGAUGCUCUGAACGAUAUUGACCAGCUCGAAGUUGGUAUCAAAGCCGUGCAAAAGGCCGGUGGUGUUGCCGAAGGAACAGUGUGUAUUUCGGGAGAUAUGCUGAACCCCAAAAAGAAGUAUAACCUGGAGUACUACCUGGAUUUGGUUGACAAGUUGGUCAAGCUUGACAUCGACGUUUUGGGCAUCAAGGAUAUGGCUGGUGUUCUCAAGCCUCACGCCGCCACUCUUCUGAUCGGAUCUAUCCGCAAGAAGUACCCUGAUCUCCCCAUCCACGUCCACACCCACGACUCUGCUGGCACGGGUGUCGCUUCCAUGGUUGCUUGCGCCAAGGCCGGUGCCGAUGCCGUUGACGCCGCCACUGACAGCUUGUCUGGCAUGACUUCUCAGCCUAGCAUCAACGCUAUCCUGGCCUCUCUCGAAGGCACUGGCUUGGAGCCUGGUCUGGACGCCCGCCAGGUUCGCGCCCUCGACACAUACUGGUCGCAGCUUCGUCUACUCUACUCUCCCUUCGAGGCUCACCUUGCAGGUCCCGAUCCCGAGGUCUACGAGCACGAGAUUCCUGGUGGUCAGCUCACCAACAUGAUGUUCCAGGCCUCCCAGCUUGGUCUGGGCUCCCAGUGGCUCGAGACCAAGAAGGCCUACGAACACGCCAACGACCUUCUUGGUGAUAUUGUCAAGGUCACCCCAACCUCCAAGGUUGUGGGUGAUCUUGCCCAGUUCAUGGUUUCCAACAAGCUGUCCGCUGAGGACGUCAAGGCCCGUGCCUCGGAACUUGAUUUCCCUGGCUCCGUUUUGGAAUUCCUGGAGGGCCUUAUGGGCCAGCCAUACGGAGGGUUCCCCGAGCCCCUUCGCUCUGAUGCUCUGCGUGGCCGCCGCAAGCUCGACAAGCGUCCUGGCUUGUUCCUCGAACCCGUCGACUUCCCCAAGGUCAAGAAAGACCUCGCCAAGAAGUAUGGUGCUCCCGUCACUGAAUGUGAUAUCGCAUCCUACGUCAUGUACCCCAAGGUCUUCGAGGAUUACAAGAAGUUCCAGCUGCAGUAUGGCGACUUGUCUGUCCUGCCAACCCGGUACUUCCUCACCAAGCCCGAGAUUGGCGAAGAGUUCAACGUCGAGCUCGAGAAGGGCAAGGUCCUCAUCCUCAAGCUUCUCGCUGUUGGCCCUCUCAGCGAGAAUACCGGCCAGCGUGAGGUCUUCUUCGAGAUGAAUGGCGAGGUUCGACAGGUCGCAGUCCUUGACAACAAGGCUGCCGUGGAGAACAUUAGCCGACCCAAGGCCGAUGCAAGCGACUCCAGCCAAGUCGGUGCCCCCAUGUCUGGCGUUCUUGUUGAGCUCCGCGUACACGAGGGCUCCGAUGUCAAGAAGGGCGACCCGUUGGCUGUCCUGUCAGCCAUGAAGAUGGAAAUGGUCAUCUCAGCUCCCCACAGCGGCAAGGUCGCAAGCCUCCAGGUCAAGGAGGGCGACUCAGUCGACGGUUCGGACCUAGUGUGCAGAAUCACAAAAGCCUAG